AUGUCCGGCGGGCAUUUCUCGCCUUGCCUGCCGCCAGCCCGGGCCCCCUGUGCGACCUGUACCACGGGCAGUGGGUGCAGCCCUCUCCCCCAUCCCUCUCCCCCAUCCUUCUCCCCCAUCGCUUUCCCCCAUCCCCCUCCCCCAUCCCUCUCCCCCAUCCCUCGCCGUCCUCAUUACAGGGAACGCCAGUGUUCGGCGGGGACUCCUCGCCUUCCCUACCGCCGCCCCGGGCCCCCUGUGCGACCUGUACCACGGGCAGUGGGUGCAGCCCUCUCCCCCAUCCCUCUCCCCCAUCCUUCUCCCCCAUCGCUUUCCCCCAUCCCCCUCCCCCAUCCCUCUCCCCCAUCCCUCGCCGUCCUCAUUACAGGGAACGCCAGUGUUCGGCGGGGACUCCUCGCCUUCCCUGCCGCCGCCCCGGGCCCUCAGUGCGACCUGUACCACGGGCAGUGGGUGCAGACGCAGCAGCCGGCGUAUUACUCGGGGGAGAGGUGCGGGUGGAUUUCCACCAGCUUUGCGUGCGCGCGCAGCAACCGCCCGCUCGACAUGCGCCAGUACGAGCGCCUGCGCUGGCAGCCCACCGGGUGCAAUGUGACGCGCUUCAGCGCCGAGGGGUUCUUCAGCAGCUACACUCCCCCUUCCUCUUCCCCCGUCCUACCCCCCCACCUGCCUUUGCUUCAUCCCCAGUUACUCAUCUACCCACUUCCUGCUUCCUUAUACCCCCCCUCCCUCCCCCCCCCUUCCUCUCUUUCUCCCAUCAGAAUGCGCAACAAGAGCAUUGCCUUUGUGGGCGACUCGUUGGGCCAGGAACCAUUCCAGUCGCUGCUCUGCAUGCUCGCCCCUGAAGGCCCGCCCAAAAACAUGUCCGACCCCGCAUCCCCCAUCCAAGACGCACGUAAGGAUUACGGCCUUCUCCCGACGCCCCAAGACAGCCACCGGCCUGAUAGAGCGUACAGAUUCGUUAAGUCCAACACUACAGUGAUUUUCCGCUGGUCGACGACCUUAUGCGAAAUCGAGCCGCUCAAUAACGGGACGCAGGACAAGGCGCUGCACUUAGACCGGCCCGACACUUUCCUAAGAGGCUAUCUUAAGAAGCUGGAUGUGGUGGUGCUGAACACGGGGCAUCACUGGGACCGGUACCCGUUUGGGGAUGCUGAGGUGGCCAAUAUGACAACCAGGGAUGCUAUUAAGGAGGAUGCAGUGCUUGGAACAUCAGUACACCUUUUGAACAUCACGAACUUCACCCCUCCCAACCGAUCCCGAUCUCGCUCAGUGGCGGCGGCCAUGGGCGGUGGGAAGGCAGGCGGCGCCGGGAUUUGCGGACUCCUCGGAAGAGCUCGGUUGCACGCGGCAUCUUCGGCGGCGCAGCUGGUGCUUUUAAUGACACUGGCCUUCGUGACGUGGGAUUUGUUUCACGCCGGCAAUGGGAUUCGUUUCUCACAGUGUGAGUUUCUCCGCUUUCACCCGCCGUCUCGUACCGUCCUCCUUACUCCCUACCUUCACGCCCACUCUCUUUCGACCACCUCUGCUUCCGCCUCUGCUUCCGCCUCUGCUUGCUUCCGCCUCUGCUUCCGCCUCUGCUUGCUUCCGCCUCUGCUUCCGCCUCUGCUUGCUUCCGCCUCUGCUUCCGCCUCUGCUCCCGCCUCUGCUUCCGCCUCUGCUUCCGCCUCCCUCCCACGCGCGCCCAUUUCCUUUCGCUCGCCUUUACUUCCCCUCCACACAUGCGGCUUCCAUCCCACUCAGCCCUCCCUUUUCUCCCUCUCCCUAUCCUCAAUUGUCGUCCCUCUCCCUCGUCCCUCUUCUUCAUCCCCCUCUCAUCCGACUCCUUCCUUCCUCUCCCUCAUCCAUCCCCCCAUUCCUCUGCUUCCUCCUUACCUUUCCUUCCUUUCCCCCUCUCCCCCAUGCCUUCCUCCUUACAUUUCCUUCCCCUCACCUCUCUUCCCCAUCCCUCUGCUUCUUCCUUAUCUCUCCUCCCUCUCCCGCCUCUCUCCCGUCCCUCUUCCCCAUCCCUCUCCCUCCACCCCUUCCGCUCCAUCAUCCCUCUCCUUAUCCCCUUCUUUCAACCCUCAUACCUCAUCCCUCUCUCUCAACUCUCUCUCUCUCUCUCUCCCAUCCGUCUCCCUCAUCUUCAGUCUUCCUCACCCCCCUCCCUUAUCCCUCUGCUUCCUCCUUAUCCGUCCUUCCUCUCCCCCGUCCCUUCCUUCAUCCCCCAUGCCUCGCCCUCCUCAUCACAGGGGGUGCAACACACAGCUGUUUCAGAGACCUGGGCGCCCAAGUUUUACACCCUCUGUUUUUGCUGCUCCCUCUGCUUCACCUGCCCCCUCUGCUUCACCUGCUCCCUCUGCUUCACCUGCCCCCUCUGCUUCACCUGCUCCCCCUGCUCUGACAUGCCAACAAGCCAAGGAGAGAAGAAGGACUGUGAAUGAUAGGGCUCAACUCACCUCCACAUUCCUUCCUCCUGCUCCCCUCCUCUGCUCCCCUUCUCUGCUCCUUUCCUCUGCUCCCCUCCUCUGCUCCCCUUCUCUGCUCCUUUCCUCUGCUCCCCUCCUCUGCUCCCCUCCUCUGCUCCCCUCCUCUGUUUUUCCCUCAUGUGCUCCUCUCCUGUGCUCCCUUCCUCUGCUCCCCUCUGAUCCCCUCCUCUGCUCCCCUCUGCUCCGCCCCAUGCACUCCCCCUUCUCCCCCCCCCUCCCCCUCACCUUCCUUUCCUGUCAGGAUCCGCAACAAAAAUCUCAUUGCCUUUCAGGGGGGCUCGAUGCGCAACAAGAGCAUUGCCUUUGUGGGGGACUCGCUAAGCCAGCAGCAGUUCCAGCCGCUGCUCUGCAUGCUCUCCCCUGA